AUGUCUGCACAAUUGAUCGCCUGCUUACUCGAAUUAUAUCCCUUCGAACAGAAACAAGUAACUCCUUCAAAGAUCAAGAAUAUUUCAAUUGGAGAAUGUAUUCAUUGUCAUCAAAAUAAACCAGUCAAAUUAGAAGAAUGUCUUCAAUGCUAUCAACAAAAGAAAACUUGCUUAGCACCUUCAGGACAAAUGAACAAUAAUGAAAAAGAACAAAUAAAUGAAAAGGAAGCAACUCUAGCAUCUUCAGAACAAUUGAACAAUAAUGAAGAAGCACCUCUAGUACUUUCAGAACAAAUGAACAAUAAUGAAAAAGCUAAAAAUAUUGGAGAAUGUAUCCAUUGUUAUCAGGAAAAAUAUAUUAAAUUAGGGGAAUGUUACAAAUGUCAUCAAAAAAGAAGUAAUAAAUUUUAUAGUAACAAAAAGGAAUGCCCUGAAUGUAAAAAAAGAAUUACAGUAAUGAAUAGGAUGAUAAAUGACAAAAUUUGCACUAGAUGUCAUACAAAGUAUCAAAGAAGAUUUGAUAAUUUUAAUAAUCAAGUAACAUGUAAAACAUGUAAUGAACAAAACCAAAAAGGAGAAAUGUAUAAUGAAAAUGGACAAUGGUUCUGUUCAUUAGAUUGCAUGUAUGCAAAAAAGAUAUUAGAUGAAAUUGGAAACAUGAAAAAUAUUGAUAAGGAAAAAAUUAACAUUCUAGUGAAUAGAUUUACAAGUACUAAUAAGAAUGCGGGCUCAACAUACAAUCUUACUUCAAAUAUGAUUAUGGAAAAAAUAGAAGUAAAUAUGAAACAAAACAAAUCAAACGACGAAGAUUGGUGA